UUCCUGGAUUUCCCGGUGGGGAGGGGCACGAAGGUUGGAGGUUGGCUCGUGUGGAAAAAUGGUGGCGCGCGAGGAGCUCCGCGUGGUUCGCUGCGGCGGGAGCUGGUUGAGUGAUUGUCGCGCGGUAUUUUCUGCAGAUUCGAAGUAUCUCUUAUGUGCUUCAGGUGACUACAUUAAAGUCUACAGCACGCUUACAGAAGAAUGCCUACAUAUCCUACAAGGUCACAGCAAUCUAGUGACAGGAAUACAGUUGAAUCCCCAAAAUCAUUUACAGCUUUAUUCAUGGUCUCUAGAUGGCACUAUUAAACUCUGGGAUUUUAUGGAUGGAAUUCUUAUCAAGACAUUUGUUGUUGGGUCUAAACUCUUUGCAUUUUACACUCUUGCAAGUUCAGAGAAUUCUGCAUUUAUCAUCAUUUCAGAGCAUGAAAAAUCAGAUGAGUUUCAGCUCAUGACAGUGAAGCUUCCAAAAACACCUGAUCAAGAAGUGGAAGCCAAUGACCUAGAAAUGGUUUUAGAUGGUGUAAGCCAGUCGCCCAAAUGCACUGCAUUUGGAAGAGAUGGUGAAUAUGUAGUAUCAGUUUGGAAGCUUCAUCUUGUUGUUUGUUUCUUCAAGAAGAAGAAGAGUUACAGCUUCUCUAUAGGUAAAAAUCUUAGGAAUGCUUCAACCAGCUAUUUCACCUGUAUAGCCUGUCACCCAAAGGAAGACUGCAUAGCAAGUGGACACCAAGAUGGCAAAAUUCGUCUUUGGAGAAAUUUUAAUCAUAAGCGAGAAUAUACGUUUUCCACAAUGCACUGGCAUCACAAUGAAGUUAUCGAUCUUGCUUUCUCUGUAGAAGGCACUAGCCUCCUGAGUGGUGGGAUUGAAUCAGUGCUGGUUCAGUGGCGAGAUGGGUCAGAUGCUAAAAAGGAAUUCUUGCCUCGUUUAGGAGCCACGAUACAGCAUAUCUCUGUCUCACCUGAUGGAACUCUUCUUUGUACUUCACAUUCCGAUAACAAGAUAGUAAUCAUACAUAGCAACUUGAAAGUUUCUGCAGUAAUCCAAGGAUUAAUCAAAGGCAGCGAUGUCAAGACUGGCUUGAUAGUUGAUCCAAGAACGAAAGCUUUAGUUCUAAAUGGCAAGCCUGGACACCUGCAGUUCUAUUCACUGCAAAAUGAUAAACUAUUGUACAAUCUGGAUGUUGUGCAGCAGGAGUAUAUUCAUCAGGCAGGUCUGGACCAGAUUGAGUUAGUGAAAGCUGUGUUUGAUUCCAAAGGCAACUGGAUGGCUACCGUGGAACAACGGCAAGGAAGUGGCUGCGAGCUUCAGAUGCAGCUGAAACUCUGGGCCUAUAAUGAACAGACACAAAGCUUUACUCUAAACACACGAAUAAAUACACCACAUGAGGACUGCAUAACAGCAAUGUGUUUCCGUGGCACAGAAAAUUCUGAAAAUGUAAGCCCAACUCUGGUAACAACUAGCAGGGAUGGGCACUUCAAGGUCUGGAUGCUACUGGUGGAUAAAGACAGUGAAACAGAUGAAAGCAUAACUUGGACCUGUGAUUUUGUAGGAAGUUAUCAUAAUUAUCAAGCUACAAAUUGCUGCUUCUGUGAAGAUGGCUCUUUACUUGCUGUUAGCUUUGACAAAACAAUCACCGUGUGGGAUUCUGAAACAUGGGAUUUAAAAUGCACUUUCUGCCAUCCUCCAGGAACUAUAAUGAGCCUGUGCUUUGGGAGGCUUGUUUGUUCCAAAUAUCUCCUUGGCACCACCAGCAGUGGCUUUUUGUGCUGCUGGAACUUGCUGAAUUGUUCAUUGGAAUGGAGUGCCCAGUUACAUGUCAACAUUCUUCAGCCUGAUCAUCUGUCUGAGAACAUUGCUGCAAUUUCUCAGCACUCAGAAUAUUCAGAUGUGUUUGUGUUCAGGCCCAGCGAACCACGGCCCUUGUGUAUCCAAAGAAAUGUCUGCAAAGGGAGAGUCCAGUGGGCUGUCUUUGUUCCAAGAGAUGUGCCUGAAUAUAUUGCCUCUGAAAAAUAUCAGUGGCUUAGCCAAUCGCAGUUUUAUUUUCUGACUGAAACACACGAAUUAAUGACGUUUAGCACAAAGACCCCAGAAGAGAGACUUACGCCUUCCAGUAGACAGUUAGCAGUUGAGGAGAGCAUCUCCAUGACACCUUUUUACCUGUUACUGGGGAAGCAUCGGCAGCAAGUGAAAGAGGGAAUGGAUACUGGGAAGGCUCCUGUGCAGAAUCUGUUAGGUCAAGAAUCACCAGCUGUUAAAGAACUGCUUCAUACUCCAGCACAUGUAUUACCUUCAGCUUCUUUCUUAUGUCCUCUUUUUAUUCACUCUUUGCUGGUGCCUAGAACAAGCACUAAUGAAAUUGCUGAGGAAGUUGAAAUGUUAAGUGACAGUGAAGAGAAGGAAUCCGAAGAGGAAUCCGAAGAUAUUGAAAUUCGCCCAGAGGCUUCACAGACAACAGAGUGCUUUGGGGAGGGUGCAUCUAAAUUAUCAAAACUUCAGGAAAGAGAACUUCGUAAAUUAAGGAAAUUGGACUACAGCUGGGCCUCGGGACUCUGAACAUGUGACAUUGCGGACUUUCUUUUUUUUUUACAUAUUUCUUCCAGUAAUUUAAUAAAGUUCCAAAUAAAGUUAGCUUUCUUUGUUA